AUGAGCGUCGUUCAAAAACCCACCUCUUCCUUGUUAGUAAUCGAAUUUCAAAGGCUGAUUUCGAUUGUGCUCUCACUGCAGUCGCGAAAGGUUCGCGAAGGUCCUGCGAAAGGCCUGGGAAAAAAUGAAAGGACUUUUGAACAACCCCCACAUGAGCAGAGGGUCCAAUGUGCAGGUUUUUUUCACCCGGCCCGUGCUGCCAAAGACUGUGAAGUGAUGAUAGUGAUGGUGACUGCCCAUGGUGACAUGCCCAUGGUGACUGCCCUCCCCAGCCGCGACGUGAUUGCUCCAACAGCCGAACCGUGA